AUGAGGAGACCCAAGAAGAGCCCCUUAGACCUCAACAACUUGCCCCACGACUACACUAGGGAUGGUAAACAUGUCUUUGAGGAAGGUUCCCCCUCCGGCCAUAGGAAAAAGAAAAGCGGCGCUAAGGAUGGGAAAGAUGAGUGCGGGAAGGUCUAUGAAUGUAGGUUUUGUUCCCUCAGAUUUUGCAAAUCUCAAGCUCUCGGGGGACACAUGAAUCGCCACCGGCAAGAAAGGGAGACAGAGACACUGAACCGGGCUCGUCAGCUGGUCUUCAAUAACGAUAACUUGGUCAUCCAAGGGCAUCUAGGCUGCCAUCCAAGUUAUCAUCCAGCAGGCAACGUGGGUGAUCCAAUAUUACCAUUCAGGUCAGUUUACCCACCAAGACUGUUCUCUGGUUCUCCGUCGACGCUCUUGCCAUCACCAUUACAGUUACCACCGCAACCAUAUUUACACCCAUCACCAUCACGCCUUGGCUCCUAUCCUUCCCAAUGCCCAACUCACCACAUGAACGACUACUAUGUAGGACAUGUCCUCGGAAGUGGCAGUUCAUCACAAUACCCUCACCAAAACAUAAAUAACCUGGGUGCACCAGACUCCAACUACACUUGCAUUGGAGCGCCAGUUGGACAUGGGUUCGGGCCUAGUUCAAGCCGGGUUGCGGACUUGGGUGGAUCCGGAGAAGGGGUAGGGGGAGGAGGUGCUGGUGGUAGAGACGUAUCACUGUGCAAUCAGGAAGAUGGAUUGAAUUGGGGGAGGAGCUAUGCAGGAGGAAUACAGCAGCGUUUGGAGCAUCCUUCUACGACCAAUCGAUUUCAGGACGGGUUCUAAAGAUUGUUUUAUCUCUUUCCUCUCCUUUAAAAAUUUUGGUUAUGUUUAUAAAGUAUUAAUCUGCUUUGAUACGCCAACCAGAGAGAGAGAGAGAGAGACUUAACACACUGACAAAUGUUGUCACGCAAGGAAGGAGAGAAAGAGAAGUUUUUGGUUUAUGUACAGGGAUUUGAGCUGCAUUUUGAGCUCAUGGACAAUCUCAGCUAGUUUGACUUGGAGCUGUGUAGUUUGGAGGGGGUUGUGUUGUGUACCAAAGCAACUAUGAGAAAUGGGGACUACAGCUGGGAGGUGG